AUGGCUUUACAGUCGCAAUACGUUUUCACGCUAUACGUAGACCUCGCGCCAGCUUUGGACUUUGGGAAAACUACCAGCAGUGGGAACCGCAGAUUUAUCCCCAUCACCGGAGGUAGACUGGAAGGACCGAAUUUAAAAGGAGAGAUAUUGCCAGGUGGAGGUGAUUGGAAUGCUGUACGCGCUGACGGCGUCGUUCAUGUCCUGGCAAAGUACGCCAUCAGGCUGGAGGAUGGAACGAUGGUCAACGUGCACAAUGAAGGCUAUGGGCGAGCAAGCCAAACAGUCAUGGAGGGAGUUUUCAGUGGCCAGCCCGGCGGCGCAGUACCUGAAGGCAGCGAAUGGUAUACGAAGACCUGGCCACGAUUCGAAGUGGCUGACAACACUAAACAUGCCUGGAUGUGCCGAACGUGCUUCGUGGGAAAUCUGUUGAAGCCGGAGGGGCCUGGCCACGUUCAGAUCGAAGUGUUUGAGCUGCUUUGA